CAGACAUAAACAAAGCGGAAGUAGUGAAAAAUAUCCUCGCUCAUUUUUCUUGCUGUGUUGAGGCUGUUCGAGGGAGUCUUUCUGUAUCAAUCUUAUACAUUGUCGUCGCAACGGCACCGAAACAUGGACAGAUAAUGUUUAUUUAAUUGGAUUUAUGGACGUGGUCCCUGUUAAAAGAUAAUCCAUCACAUCGGUGCCCGACUUGGACUGUUACCCAGGAGUCUGACAUAUACAGGCACAGACAGGACACACAGUUUUGCUUCCUGUGAAACUCUAGAGUCCUUCCACAUCUCCUGUGGCCACCAGCAUGGCUAACAGCACCACAACAGCAGUAAAGGCUCUGGGAACCCCUGGCCCUGCUGGCAGAAGUAGUCCAGAGGGAUCUCAGGUGCUCAGCAAGAAGAAGCUGCAAGACCUGGUGAGAGAGAUCGACCCAAAUGAGCAGCUGGAUGAGGACGUUGAGGAGAUGCUGCUACAAAUUGCAGAUGACUUUAUUGAGAGUGUAGUGACAGCUGCCUGUCAACUGGCACGCCAUCGCAAGUCCAACACCUUGGAGGUGAAAGAUGUCCAAUUACAUCUCGAGCGUCAGUGGAACAUGUGGAUCCCUGGUUACGGCUCAGAUGAGAUCCGGCCGUUCAAGAAGGCUUGCACCACAGAGGCUCACAAACAGAGAAUGGCUCUGAUCCGCAAGACGACCAAAAAAUAGCAAGACUGUACACUAAUGUGUUGUCCCCACUCUGUAUUUUCUUUUUUGUUUGUUGGUUUGUUUGUUUUUUUUUCAUUUUCAACUUGGAUUUUUUGACUGGUGAAGAAGAAAUAGUGGGUUUGGGUGGGGGUUCAUUUUUUUGACAUUAGUGUUUGAUUGUCAUUUCCCCCUAAUUUUUGAGUGUUUUGCCAGCAUCAUUAAUAAUGUAACUCUUGUCCCUUGAUACAGUUUUGUUGCCAUUUAGCAAAGUCUGGCAAAACUCUAUUCAUUGCAUUUUUGUCAAUAAACAUUUACACCUUC